UACUUUUUCGAUGACGUCACCUGUGUAUUGCAAGCCACCAUUUUGUUGGGAGUAGCUCACUGCGGCAUUCCUGAGAACGUAUUAUAUAACGAGGUGGAUUGUAAAAGAAAGGAGCAAGCAAGGAGUUUUCAUUUUUGCUAGAGUGGAGAGUGCAACUCAUCUUUCGGCAUGGCUCUCACACUCAAGAUUAACAUAGUGCAUGCAGGUAGCACAAAGACGAUGCAGUUUAACCCUGGAGCAAUUGUGUACGAUGUCCUGCGAAUGAUUCGUGAGAAAAAUGCUGAAGCUGGACUUACAGAUGGACAACAAGUAAAUGAAUAUGGUCUCUUCUUGGCGGAUGAUGAUCCAUUAAAAGGCGUGUGGCUUGAGUCCGGGAAAACCCUUGAGCAUUAUCUUUUGCGGCAAGGAGACACUUUAGAAUAUAGAAAGAAGAUUCGACCUCUGAGGGUCAACCUAUUAGACGGAUCUGUUAAGACAGUAUUGAUUGAUGACAGCAAUACUGUGAGUCAGAUGUUGAUCACAAUUAGCACCAAAUUAGGAAUUACAAAUUAUGAUGAAUAUUCAUUGUGCCGAGACACUGUGGAGGAAGAGGUCAAGAAAGACGCCACCAUCAACAGGUCAACAUUGAAAAAGGAAAAGAAAUCUGCACUCCAACAAAGAGAUGAGACCAGAAUGCAAGAACUGAGAAAGAAGCACCACACAGAUGAUGAGUUGGAGUGGUUGGAUCACACACGCACAUUACGUGAACAAGGUGUUCCUGAUACAGAGCAUCUCAUCUUCAGACGAAAGUAUUUCUUUUCGGAUCAAAAUGUUGAUAGACGUGAUCCAGUUCAGCUCAAUUUGCUCUAUGUCCAGUCACGAGAUGCCAUUUUGAAUGGUACACAUCCGUGUUCGUUUGAGGAAGCCACGCAACUCGCUGGUACGAUGUGCCAGAUUCAAUAUGGCGAUCACUUGGAUCAUAAACACAAGCCUGGAUUCUUAGAUUUAAAGGAAUUCAUGCCCAGAGAAUAUGUUAAAGUUAAAGGAGUGGAGAAGAAGAUUUUUCAGGAGCACCGUAAUUUACAUGGCGUGAGUGAAUUGGACUCGAAAGUGAGGUAUACCCAACUUUGCCGCUCAUUAAAGACAUAUGGCAUCACGUUUUUCCUUGUUAAGGAAAAAAUGAGAGGAAAAAAUAAACUUGUUCCACGUCUUAUGGGUAUUACUAAAGAAAGUGUUGUACGAGUUGAUGAACGAACCAAAGAGAUUUUAAAAACUUGGCCACUGACCACUGUAAAACGUUGGGCAGCAUCUCCAAAAAGCUUUACCCUGGAUUUUGGAGACUAUUCUGAUAGUUACUACUCAGUCCAAACAACAGAGGGCGAAGCUAUUGGAGCUCUCAUUGCUGGGUACAUUGACAUCAUUCUGAAAAAGCAAAAAGGGAAAGACCGUUUAGGCAUGGAAGGAGAUGAAGAAGCAACUUUACUGGAGGACAGUGUGUCCCCUGCUAAAGCCACCUACAUGCACCAUCACUCUACUAGUGUGGGUCAUGGUGUUACUGGGUCAGUUGCCAUGCCUGGUGUCAUGAGAACUGGGGGCUCAGUGGGUAACAAUUCUGUAACGAUGGGUGAGAUGCAACGUUCCCAGCCUGUUACCAUCCAAGGACAAGCCCAUGCAGCCCAUCAGGCCCCUCUGAUGAAUGCAGCCAAGCAGCCUGGUCUUACAACAGCUCAACAGGCAUUGAAAGGAACAAUCCAGCGAAGCAUGACAGACUUUACCUCAGCUAAAGACUCUCUGGCACAAGAAACUGAGAUACAGGUCGUUGGCCAGGAUCCCGUAUCUCAACAGUGGAGACAGAAUCAGAUUGAUGUUCAGAAGCAGAACAUCCAGUCCCAACUGAGCGCCAUGUCUGCAGCGACAGCAGGCGUCAUCAGCCGAACAUCGGCCCCAGACGAGGAGAUCGAUUACAAUGCUGUUGGAUCCCACGUCACUACCAUUUCUACCAAUCUGUCAGAGUUAACUAAGGGUGUCAAGAUGUUAUCGUCUCUCCUUGAGAAGGACGGUGGUGGUGGGGAUGACAUUAUGAAUGCCGCCCGAUCUCUAAUGGAUGCCUUCGCUGAUCUUCUGAAGGCUGCGGAACCAGACAGCAGCGAGCCUCGACAAAACCUGAUCAAUGCAGCGAACAAGGUCGGUGAGGCACAAAACAAAUUGCUCAAGUCUCUUGGUGACGUUGGCGAUGUGGAUCCAAAAUUCCAGCAAACAAUUGUUCAACUUCGACUACAGGAUGCUUUGCUAGGCCUGGCGAAGGCAGUUGCCAAUGCUACAUCAGAUCUUGUGAUGAAGGCCAAGCAUGUGGCUGGCCAGGCUGACAGUCAAGACAAACAGAACAAAGUAAUCGGCUCAGCUACACAGUGCGCCCUGCAUACAUCUCAGCUAGUAGCAUGCACUAAAGUUGUUGCCCCGACAAUCAGUAGCCCUGCUUGUCAAGAGCAGCUGGUGGAAGCGGCUAAGUUGGUUGCCAAGUCAGUUGAAGGAGUAGUGGAUUCAAGCAAGGAUGCUACUGAAGAUGAAAACCUUCUGAAGAACGUCGGUGAUGCGGCAACUGCCGUUACCAAGGCCCUGAACGACCUCCUUAUGCAUGUAAAACAGGGAACCAGUGGAACCAAACAAAACCAGGUGUAUGAGGAGUCGUGUGAUCGUAUCAUGGUUGCAACAGAGAAGCUGUUCAGCAGCGUUGGCAAUGUGGCGGAGAUGGUGAAACAGGCCAAAGUCCUUGCUCAGGCUACUUCUCAACUGGUGAAUGCUAUUAAACUCGAGGCAGAAGGCCUUGGUGAAGGGGACUCCCAAAAGCGUCUUCUCAACGCUGCAAAGGUUCUUGCUGAUGCUACAGCCCGCAUGGUAGAAGCGGCCAAGCUUUGUGCAAAAAGUCCACAAGACCCUGCCCAACAAGAGAAACUGAUACAAGCGGCUGAGAACCUCCGUAAUGUUACCAAUGCUGCGGCUGCUAAGGCACAGAAGAAGCGUGUCCUACAACAGCUUGAGAAUGCUGCCAAAAACAAUGUCGCUGCAGCCACCCAAUGCAUUGCAGCCGCUCAGGGAGCAGAGCGGACAAACCGCAACAAACCGUCUCAUCAGGCUCUAAUUGCAGAGUGCAGGUCUGUUGUUGAGCACAUCCCAGAGCUUGUUCAAGGCAUCAAGUCAUAUGGGGCUGACACAGAAUGUCCAGCCUCUCAGAUGAACCUAAUCAAUGCUAGUCAAAAUUAUAUACAGCCUGGGACCAAGAUGGUUUUAGCAGCUAAAGCAGCCAUUCCAUUUGUUGCUGACCAAGCAGCUGGGAUGCAGCUCAACAAAUGCGCCAAAAACAUGGCUACUGCACUCAACGACCUUAGAACGGCAUCUACUAAGGCUCAGGAGGCUUGUGGAGACCUUGAAAUUGACAGCGCAAUGGACAUGAUCAGAGCCCAAGAAGAUGAACUGAAGCAGAUCAAACUAGCUGCACAAGAGCACAAGUUGCUGCCUUUACCUGGAGAAACAACCGAAUCUUGUGCCGGGCAGCUUGGUGCUACAUCUAAAGGCGUUGGGGCUUCUAUGGCUCAGCUUCUUACAGCAGCGGCACAGGGUAAUAAGAACCACACUGGCAUUGCAGCCCGAGACACAGCUAAUGCAUUGAAGAAUCUGACAGGAGCUGUACGAGGUGUUGCUGCAACGACGCCAGACCGCAAGGCCCAGGAUGAGCUGAUCGAUCACGCUAUGGAUAUCAUGGAUAAAUCAGCGAACCUACUGAAUGAAUCAAAGAAAGCUCUUGCGAAUCCUAACGAUGCAAGCAAUCAGCAGAGACUUGCACAGGUUGCUAAGGCUGUAUCACAUGCACUGAACAACUGUGUUAACUGUUUACCAGGACAGAAGGAUGUGGACUCGGCUCUCCGAGCUGUCACGGAAGCUAGCAAAGGGCUAGCCACAGGCAAGUAUCCUGACACUAGCAACAAAAGUUACCCAGAGCACCAGGCAGCCUUAAGCAAGGCCGCUCAAGGAUUGAACGUUUCAUCCAGCAAACUUGUAACAGCGACACGUGGCACUCCAGUAGAGCUCUCAACAGCAUCCAUUGAAUUUACACAUGACUUCAGAGAUAUGAUGGAUGCAGGCAUGGGAAUGGCUCGGGUUGCCCCAAGCAAAGAGGCGCAGUCGAACAUGGUGACCAGCCUGAAGGCCAUCUCAGUGUCAUCCAGCAAGCUUCUUCUGUCGGUCAAAUCAAUGUCCAUAGAUCCUGGUGCAGCCAAUGCCAAGAACCAACUAGCAGCAGCAGCCAAGGCUGUAACAGAAGCUAUUAAUGACUUGAUAAACACAUUCAUGCAGAGCGCUCCCGGCCAACAAGAGUGCGACAAUUCGUUGCGUAAGAUUGCAACCAUUAAGAACAUUUUGGAUGAUGUCAGUGGGCCCGUGAACGAUGCAUCAUACUUUGACUGCUUAGAUACUGUCAUGGCAAAGUCGAAGGCUCUUGGGGGCAGUAUGGCAGGUAUUACCAGGCAUGCAAAGGAUGGAGAAUUAGAAGGAUUUGGCAAGAGUGUUGAAAGUGCUGGGGACGCUGUGUGUGGAUUGGCAGAAGCUGCAGCACAGUCUGCUUACCUGGUCGGUAUAUCAGAUCCAUCAAGUGUAGCAGGUCGCCCAGGGCUUGUUGACCAGUCUCAGUUUGCCAGAGCUUACGAGGCUAUCCAAGCGGCGUGUAACAAUCUGCUGAAUCCAACAAGCAAUCAACAACAGGUGCUAGCUGCUGCCACUGAUGUUGCCAAGCACACAUCGCAACUUUGCAACGUCUGUCGUCUGGCAUCGUCCAAGACCAGUAAUCCUGUUGCUAAGAAACACUUCGUCCAAUCAGCAAAAGAUGUCGCCAAUAAUACAGCCAAUCUGGUCAAGAGUAUUAAGGCCUUGGAUGGCAACUUCAGUGAAGAUAACAGACAGAAGUGUGCAGCUAGCACUAAGCCAUUACUUGAAGCUGUUGAUGGUUUGGUCACCUUUGCUUCCUCACCAGAGUUCGCUAGCGUCCCAGCUGAAAUCACUCCUCAGGCUAGGGAAGCUAUGGAGCCAAUAAUUACUGCAGGGAAGAUGAUGAUCGCAAGUUCCAGUGCCCUGAUUCAAACAGCUAAGCCAUUGGCUGCCAACCCCAAAGACCCGCCUACCUGGCAGCUACUUGCUAAUCACUCUAAGAACGUUUCAGAUUCCAUCAAGAAACUCAUUGCCUCCAUAAGGGACCGUGCACCAGGCCAACAUGAAUGUGAUCAAUCGAUUGGUCGCAUCAACCAGGACAUCCGAGAUUUGGAUCAAGCCUCACUUGCUGCUAUCAGCCAGAGCCUAGCACCUGUCGAUGAUAAUAACCUACAGGGUUACACAGAGCAAAUGGCAAACAGUGUUGACUUUAUUAAAGAUAGCAUUGGUAAGGUUGCUGACGCUGGCAAAGGUCAAGCCGAGAAACUAGGCCAUGAGGUUCUUACCAUGGCAAAUUAUUUCGAUCCUCUCACUCAAAAUGCAAUUGGAGCUGCUUCCAAAUGUGUUAAUUCUCAGCAGCAGAUGGCGCUGUUGGAUCAGACAAAGACGGUGGCUGAGUGCGCUCUACAGUUACUGUACGCUGCCAGGGAAGGUGGUGGAAAUCCAAAGGCUAAACACACCCACAGUGCCAUUGAUGAGGCUGCUGAAGGCAUGAAGGAAGCUGUUGAUGAGCUUAACAACACACUUGAAGAUGCUGCUAGUCAGUUCGGCAUGGUCACUGGAAUGGUAGAAACCAUCUCAAAAGCUAUCAUUGUUACGGACGACAGCAUAACAGAGAUGGAUGGUGAUUUUGUAGAUUACCAGACAAAUAUGGUGAAGAGCUGUAAAGCUAUUAUUAAAACUGCUCAUGAUAUGGUUAGCAAGUCAAAUAGUGAUGUGGGUGAAUUAGGAACAUUGGCCAACUCAUUGUCACACGAAUAUGCCAAUCUAGCUCACGAUUCCCGUGGUGCCCGAGCAUCUGCUUCUCCUGAGGUCGGUCAGAGGAUCAAGAGUAGUGUCCAGGAGCUCGGACGUUCUUCCAUGGACUUGGUGAAGAAUGCUGGUAUGGUUCAGGGCAACCCCACCGAUUCCCUUGCCAAGCGAGAGUUAGUGGACAGUGCUCGAAGUGUUUCAGAGAAGGCUAAUAGUGUGAUGGCAGCACUGACGGCUGGUUCCCGUGGUACCCAAGCCUGUAUAAACGCCUACAGUACAGUGUCUGGAAUCAUUGGGGAUUUAGACACCACUAUUAUGUUUGCCACGGCUGGCACCCUCAAUGCUGAACCAGAUGGCACAUCUUUUGCUGAUCACAGGGAGAGCAUUCUGAAAACAGCAAAGGCACUGGUGGAAGAUACGAAGACUCUAGUUUCAGGGGCUGCGUCCAGCCAAGAAGAACUGGCAAAUGCUGCUCAGUCAGCUGUACUCACCAUUACAAAGCUAGCAGAUGUCGUGAAACUAGGAGCUGCUACUCUUGGGGGCUCUGACGUUGAAGGACAGGUGUUGUUGAUUAACGCCGUGAAAGAUGUGACAAGUGCCCUCGGGGACCUGAUAUCUGCAACAAAAGUGGCCGCUGGAAAGAGCAUAAAUGACCCGUCUAUGGGUCAGCUCAAGAAUGCAGCAAAGCUGGAACUGUACAAGUAUCAAAGGUCCAUGGAACACCUCAAGAAGUCCGCCAAGGUGAUGGUAACAAAUGUUACAUCGUUGUUGAAGACCGUGAAGAGUGUUGAAGAUGAAGCACUUCGAGGUACAAGGGCUUUGGAAGCAACAGUCGAUGCAGUGGUACAGGAAGCCAGGAUACUUCAAACGCCGGCAGAGAAGAAAUAUACUCCGGAGGAUUUGAUCCGCAGCACUAAACCUGUGACUGUAGCAACAGCGAAGGCUGUUGGUGCAGGCAACUCGUGUAAACAAGAUGACAUCAUCGCGGCCUCAAAUCUUGGUCGUACUGCCAUCUUUGAGCUUCUGGAGACUUGCAGGGAACCAAAGCAACAGGAGGAUUCACCGGGAGCUGCUGCUACAGCGCCUACACCGGAGGCUAAACAGCGAACGUUGACAGCAGGCCAGAAUUGUGCUGAUUCUUAUCGUUCCCUCCUUCAAAAUGUUCACUUGGUCAUCCAAAAACCCACACCUGAGGGUAAACAGAAACUGGUUUAUUACUCAAAACAUGUGGCAAUGUCAGUGAGUGAGGUUGUACAGGCUGCAGAGGCACUUAAAGGUCCUGACUGGGUUGACCCAGAAGAUCCACAUGUUGUUGCAGAAAAUGAACUGCUUGGUGCAGCUGCAUCUAUAGAAGCUGCAGCUAAGAAGCUGGCAAUGCUCAAGCCAAGAAGAGGUCCAAAGGCUGCUGAUGAAAACUUGAAUUUUGAAGAACAGAUCCUUGAAGCGGCCAAAUGUAUUGCCAAUGCAACAAGCGCCCUCGUGAAGGCUGCAUCUGCAGCUCAGAAAGAACUAGUGCUGCAAGGAAAGGUGAUGCAAAACCCAACCCCGUACAGCGAAGAUGGUCAGUGGUCCAUGGGACUGAUCUCUGCAGCCAAGAAGGUCGCUGCAGCUACUCACGGGCUCUGUGAAGCCGCCAACUCCGCCGUCCAGGGUCACGCCAGUGAAGAGCGUCUGAUAUCGUCUGCAAAACAGGUCGCUAGCUCCACAGCGCAACUUCUUGUUGCCUGCAAGGUGAAGGCUGAUACUUUCAGUGAACCGAUGAAGAGGUUACAGACUGCUGGAAAUGCCGUGAAGCGUGCCUCAGACAAUUUAGUGAAAGCGGCGCAACAAGCUUCACAGUGGGCCGAAGAACAAGAAACGGUAUCCAUACCAAGUGCUGUCGUAGGCAACAUCGCCAUAGAAAUGGAUGCCAUGGAAGCGAUUCUUAGGAAAGAGAAGGAGCUGGAAACAGCCAGGAGAAAGCUAGAAGAAAUCCGGAAACUUAAGUACAAAAACAGGGAACCAGGUGACUCAGAUUAAUAGGACAGAACACAUGUUUUAAAGAACACUUUUAGAAGUUGACCCAGAAGCUAGUGUGAGCUUUGUAUAUUAAAUGAAAGCCAACAAUUUUACAAUCACAUUGUGGAUUUAAAUGCCAGUUAAUACCAAAUUAAUGUCAGAUUAAUCCAGGACUAGGGUUUAUUUAAUACCAGAUUAUUCCAAUAUUAAUAAUGGAUUAAUAUGGGAUUGAUAUUGGAUUAAUUAAUUACUUUAUAAUUGGUUGAUGUAAGAUAUGGACCAGAGAAUAGUACAGAAGUUUUAAAGCAGUGCCACGAUUGGACCCACCAACAAGAUGUGUGUUGAAAGUAAAUUGUAUAAUUUUACUGAUUGUUUUCCUAUGAUACUAACACUUGGAAGAGGCAAAACAUAGGGAUAUUUUGUUUAGCAUACACUGUUGUGUUGUGAGGCUAUAGCCAUGUUUUAUUUUUCUCAUUUUUUUUAUAUAUUGCUUUGUAAAAUAUUAUUACUGUCCAAUUACUAAAUAUAUCGGUGCUAUGAACGGGAAACAGUUAUUUUUAAUUACAUAUUACAAAUAUUAUUACUUUUAUAUAAUUUUAGCAUAAUGUAUCUUAGAUUAUUUAACAAUGAGUCUACUUAUUAAAAAGCAGUUUAGAAUGAUUGAUUGGUUGCUUGUAUGUCAAAAGUAUUACAUCAUUUAUCUUGCCAAUCACAGAUUAUUAACUGAAUUUAUAACAAACUGAUUCAUAUAAAUUGUACUAUUUUAUAACUUCAUUGAAAAUCAUUGUACUACAAUAAUUUAACAGGUGAAACAAAGAUCUUAUAAUAAGAUAGCGCUAUCUGUGAUUUACGCAUGACAAAUAGAAGUGUUCAAUAAAACUAUGCAUAAAAAGUAAUCAUUUUUGAGAGAGAACGCCCAAGUUGUUACCAUUACAGAAUUUGCCCGCAGAAAUCAUGUGAUGACCUAAUCUUUAGUUAACGAUCUUUGAUGUCAAAGUUGAAUAGUAAUCACUUUUUCGAGAUCUUUGCUUCCAAAUUACAAGGCUACUACGGUGCCAAUAAAAAGCAACAAAUAUAAUAUUCUUUGUUCAAUGCUACCACCAGAGGGCAAAUGUUUGCCUAUAUCAACAAUUCUACAUCUCAUUAUACUAAAUAUUAUAAAACUAUACUAAUCAUAUUGUAUACUUUACUAGCAUUGUGUUUCCCAAGGAAUUCAAACAUCAUCAAAAAAUAUCAUUAAAUUUGUAAUAUGACUUGAAUUAAAUAUGUUUUUAUGUGGUGUGUGCUUUGUAGAUUAGCAAAAUUACCGAAACAUAAUUGCUAAAAUAACAAAUCAAUUACUUCACUUUUAAUGAUUGUAUAAUUUAUGUCAACAAGCAGUAACAAUAAUUGUUAUUAAUCCAUUUUUAAUAAUAUUUAUGUUAUUGCAGUGUUGGUAGAUAGAAGAGCAUUUCAGCAAAAUAUGUCAUGAAAAGUUUUGUAGAGCCCUCAUCAUGCAUAAUUAUUUAAAAUAAAUAAAUAAUACUUGAAGAAAUGAUGUUAUGUUUUGUAUAGUUUUAGGCUCAUUGACAUUGAUGUGAAAGGUCAUUAUAAUAAAUUACUGUAUCUUCAUUUUAGCUACUGUAAACUAUCAUUUAUGUUGUUAUCACUGGUUGCAUUUGAAUGUACCGUUAUUUAUAUCUCAUUGUUAUGGACUCCAAUCUUUUUAGUCUUACAAUGAUAUAUAAUAUUUUAUCAUAUAAAUUGAUCAUGUUGUAAUCCUUAAGAUCAGCCUUCUCAAAUUUGCUAUACAUUUUAUAACUAUGUUUAAAAUUGUUAUUAAUGGACAUUUAAAUUGCUCAAAAAGUAUAAUUGGAUAUAUGAAAUACGUUAGAAUUGUAAUUAUGAUAGAUUUUGUAUGAGUUUUAAUGAUUGUCACAAUAUACUGUAUAGGUAAAAUAAUAUUUGCACUACAGUAUGAGAAAGCUGAAAAAUGUCACGAUGUUAAUAAGAAUUAUCAGUAUUAUCAUCAUCAUCAUUUAUUAUCAUCUUCAUAUUAACCAUAAGACUUCAUCCAACCAAAUAUUAUCUAAAUAAUUUGUUACUUAAACCACAAAAGUAACACAAUACAGGUAGAUUGUGUAAGUUCGUGGAAAAAAAGCGUGUUAAAAUAUGCACUGCUAUGAACUUUUUGUGUGGUAAAGAAUGUAUAAGUGCUUGGCGAUCAAUACGCACACUUAUUUUAACAUACUUUUUUUGUUUUCAUGAAGUAACUUGAUCUACUUUGCUUGUGUUAGUUUGUGGUGUGAGUGACAAAUGAUAUCAUCAUCAUCAUCAUCAUCUUAAUUAUCAUUAUCCUCUUAUUUAUCAUGGUAAUUAUUAUAAUUACCAUUAUUAUUGUUAAUAAGCAUCUUCACUAAUUACCAUUAUCUACAGUACAUAUAAUCAAUAUCAAAUGUAUCAACACAAUCAUUGUCAUAAAAAUUUAUCAAAAUUUUUAUCAUUAUCAUCAACUUAAUUAUCAAUAUCAUCAUCAACUCAUCAAUAAUUAGUAUUAUCAUCAUCAUCAAAGUAAUAAUAAACUUAACAUCAUGACUGUGAUUUGAAAAUGAUUUGAUUGUAAGUCAGAAGGAAGGCUUUAAAAUUCAAUUGUCUUCCUCCACUUUGGUCUAUAAUAGCUUCUUAACAUAUAAUUUUUACUAUAGGAGUACAGUAUAUCUAUAUUUUUGCAGUCUUUUAAUGUUGAAAAUUAUCAGGUUUAAAAUUAUUCUCUCUAUAUAUAUUAAAUCCUGAUCUUUAUCUCUUUAGUUAAUGUAAAUUCUAUAUAAUAUGACCUAACCAGAGGAUUCACAUUUAACACUUACUAAUUACGCACUAAAAAUAGUCCCGUCAAAUUGUGCUUUAUGACAUUAAAUAAACGUUUUUUCUUUAAAUAAUUUAUUCAUAAAUUUUAUUUUGAUUAAUUCAUGUAACAAGUAGUUCUUGUUAAAGUAUACAUAGUUACUUAUAUAUUAAAAUUAAUUUUGAAAUAUGAAAUUGUUUUAUAGGAAGUAGGUCAGAUAGAGAUGAAGUAUCAUCAACGUGGGCUGAGUGUUUAUUAUCAAAAUCAUGUAGAUUGAUUUUGAUGAGUACUUUAGAAUUAGAGUGUUGGAGAUUCAAAACAUUUUAGAUGAUAAUUUAAAAUAAAGAAUUAAAAUACACUGGUAAUAAAAUGAAAAUUAGAUUAUAAGUAGCACUGACGUUAAACUAUUAAAAAUAUCUUUGUUAUUUAGAUUAAUUUUCAUACACAUUUUCUAUGUAUUUAAACUUUGGUAUGUGUACAACAGAAUGAUCAAACCGUGUGUGGGGUCAGUUUGUUGCCAAACUAAACUAGUACAUGUACUCUCAUGUGUGAUACAUUUUCUCUUUUUUAUUUGCAAUUUAGUGAUCAAAAUAACAGCGCAUGUCAGAUAUUAAAUGCAUUUGCUGGUGCCUCUUAUACA